AUGUCGAGCGGCGGAUCCGGGGGCUCUGGCUCGGGCUCUGGCGGCCUGGCGGGCCCUCCCGACAAGGACUACUACGACAGCACGCGGGCCAUAGCCUACAUGAGCGUCUGCAUUGCACUCAGCUACCAGUGCCUCACCGAGUUCCCCCACCUGCUCGUCAUGCACGGAGGAGUGUGCUUCUUCUUUCCGUACGCGAUUGUCUUGGUAGCGGUCGGUGUUCCUAUGGCCGCCUUCGAGAUGCUGAUUGGCCAGUUCCGCGGAAAGGGAUGCCUUGAGAUCUGGACCUGCGUCCCAGUCGGCAAAGCAUUCGAGAACGCGUGCACCUUCUUCUACUUCCUGCAGACGUUCCAAGAUGAGCUGCCUUGGAGCCACUGCUACACCUGGUGGGGCGCCUCGGACCUCAACUGCCGGGAGAGGAAGCUCAACGAGACGCGCCCAGUGCCAGCUUGCCAAGGAGAACGUGUACGCAAAGACCAGCAGCCAAACUACGACCCUGGCAAGAACGCCACCGUUUCACCUUGUGCGGGAAAGUCGUCACGGCAUCCUACACCGACGCCGCGAACCUGUCGGAGUGCUUGA